AUGAGUAAAUCAAAGGGCAGCAACUCGACUGAUACUGAGUUUGAUGAUAUAUCAUCCUUUUCCUCAAUCGAUUCUUACAAGCCACAGCCAUUUACCGGUUUUGAAAAUGGCGAGGAGCAGGGACAAGGCCAGUUACAGGAACAAGGGGAUCUAGUGUCACGCGCCAGCACCAAUACUUUGAGCAAACCAGAUUCGAAUGCUAUCGAGAAGGUGGUUACACAUAACGCAUUAAGUGGGAACGUCGAAACAAAGGAAUCUUUACAGAAAGAAGGGCUGAACCUCAAGGAUAAAUCGGUGCCUGACAUUAAUGCACCACUGACGUCUACCUCUGAAACAGCGGCCUUCCCUGAGGAAUACCGAAUAGAGACCCAAACAGGAUUGGUCAAACUUAAGACAUUGAAUGAUUUAAGCAGAAAGGAUACAAGAGUUUCAAUUGGUAGCAAUGAUAAGAUUUCGAGGAAGAGUACUGAUAAAGGAAAUCACUCUAUUAAGAGCGGGCAGGAAUCAGGUCAGGAUGAAGUGCUCUCUAGCCACUCUUCAUACGAUCCACAUAACUUAGAAAAUGCUAUCGAGAAGAACAAACAUGAAAUUGAAAAAUAUCAAAAACACAAACAUGAAAAGGGUAUCAAAGGAUUUGUGCACAGAUUGUUUGAUUGA